AUGGUCGACCUGACCCCCCUAUCUCUCAUCGCCUCACGACUGCGCUGCCAUAUCCAUGAGAUUGGCCAUCGACGGGCUGCCGGCUCGCCAGCGAGCGCGCCAACCACCGAGCCAGGCUGGCCUCCGCCUCGACCGGACCGGACCGUCGGCCCGCGCUCCGACGACGUCGACGACGACCGCGACGAGCGCACCUCAACGACAUUCUGCUCGCUGCUGGCGGUGGGAGUUGCCGCUUCGGCUUCGGCCCGCUCUCCGACGAUCCAACUAGCUAGCCAGCCAGCCAGCUACGUCGCCCAUGUCGUUGCCGGCACGCUAUCGGUAUCACGAGCAAAGCACGCGGGCUUGCUUGUCCAGGCCUGGCCAGCCCCGGGCUCGAUAGCCGGUCAGCCACGACCUCUUUUCAAUUUUUCGAAGCCCUUGCCUGCCGGCUUCGCCGCCCAUUGCCGGCCGACGUGCUGCUUGCUUGCGCUUCGGAAGCGCGCCGGAGAGAUCCGCUUCUCCGAGCCUUGCCGCCCGUCCGUUUGCUUCCGCAUCCCCCUUCCCUCUCCCCGCCUCGGUGGCCGACGUCGAUGCACCCGCUCCAGCUCCAUCGCCGCUUCGUCCGUGCCGUAG